GGGCCAGCAGCGAGCCAACCCGCCUCUCAGAAUCUUCUUCCCAGCGCGCAUCCGGCAUCCCACAAGGCUCGGCCAAUCCCGAUCCUUCCUCCCUUCCUCCCCGUCCCGCCACUCCACCACGAGCGCCAGCAUGAUCUCCCCGCGCCCCGCGCUGUCCCCGAGCUUCCUCGCCUUCCGCCCGGGCUCCCCGGCCGCGUCGCCGCCGCCCUCCCCGCGCCUCCACGCGCCGCCGCCCUCCUCCGCGUCCUUCUCCGCCUCCGCCUCCGCCGCCGUCACCGCGCCAGACCACGCGGCUGCCAGCUCCUCCUUCUACGACGUCCUCGGCCUCCGCCCGGGCGCCAGCCCGCGCGAGAUCAAGGCCGCGUACCGCCGCCUGGCGCUCGCCGUCCACCCGGACGCCGCCCCGCACCCCGCCUCCUCCUCCGCCGCCGAGGACUUCAUCCGCGUCCACGCCGCCUACUCCACGCUCUCCGACCCCGACAAGCGCGCCGACUACGACCUCCGCCUCCUCCUCUCCGCCGGGCGCCGCCGCGCGCAGUCGGUGACGCUCGGCCGCUCGCCCACGUUCCCGGCGCGCCGCUCCCGCCGCACCUGGGAGACUGACCAGUGCUGGUGAGUGGCGACAACGUAAAGAUCUCUCCCGCGCAUGCGGCCGGAGCGGCCUCUCGCUGUCUCCGUCGGGCCGCCGAACCUUCCAAUUCAAGUUCCAUUUGGACGGGAACGCAAAGAUCCCCGCAGCCACUGGGCUAGCUUGUGGCCAGGCUCUACGCUUCUAGAAGAAUAGUAGUAUAACCUCGCACGCUUCACCGGCGACCUGUAAAAAUGCUGGAAUCGUAUGGUGUGUGACGUUCCCUUGUUUUGGAUCGUGGAUGUGUGUGUAUGACUUGGCUUGGCGAUGUAAUAUUGUGAUAGGAUAUAUAGGUUAACUUAUUAAUCUACACUGGAGAUAAGGCCUGAUGGCCACAACAAUAAUGCAGUCCAGGUUUGAGAAGAAAGCGAGUGUUCUGUCCGCA